AUGAGUCAGAAGGAAGGUUUCGGUGAGAUUCAAAUCUCUGCUUCCGGUGCUCGUAUUAUGAAGGUUAAGCAAGAAACCGGCGAGAAGAUGAAGAAGGAUGCCAAGAAGAAGAAGGCUAAAGAUUCAAUUGGAGCGAGAGUCUCCAAGCGAAUGAAGAAGAAGGAUGGCGGGAGCGCCUCCACUGGACCUCACUCUCCUUCGCUGUUGAAGAGUCAGGAGGUUGUUAACCUCGUCGUCCAAGCUCACGGCAAGAAGGAUUUAGCCAGAGCUUGUACUGAUGAUGAAACCCCCGAAACCGUCCCGGAGGGUUGGUUCUGUGUCCACGAGAAGUACAUCUCCAAGUGUCACCUUAGGUUCCCUCUUCCAACCCUCUUGUUAGAUCUCCUGGAUCACUAUCAAUUAGCCCUUUCCCAGCUUUGCCCCUCGGUUAUCCGAGUGGUGAAUGGAUUUAUCACCAGGGCUAAGGAAGAAGGGGUUAUCGUAGGGCUGACCGAGUUGAUGAGUCUCUUCUCAAUAAAGGAGAGUUCAACCAAGGAGGGUGGAAGCGGACCUAUUAUCUCCCCUGUCCUCCAGGGCUUGGCCGAGUCCUCAGGACCUCUUGAGAUUAAGGAUCCUGUUAAGUUAUCUGGUAAACUCACCAGAGCUCUCUGUAGGAAGCUGCAACACAGCCCUAGUACCUGGGGAGCUUACACUACCACGAGAAUUGGAUCAGCUAGGUUCCUUGAGCGAUACAAGGCUUCCUUUCCUAAUUCAGUCACGGUUGCAGGUUUAGAAGUUUCUGAAGGUGAAUCGAUAUUGUCAGUCUCAUCGGAAGCUAGUACCUUAGAGAAGACUCAGUCACACAAGAUGCCUCUCCAGCCCUCGUUCCGUUCCAGGGGUAAAUCAACCAAAGCUGCCAGCUCCUCUCGGGGAAGCGACAGGAAUCAAGGAGGAUCCUUCCUCAGCUCUGUGAAGGAAGUCCUCGAUGAUGGAGGCUCUGCUCCUGUUAAAGAUGCCAGUCGCUCCGAGCCUAAAGUUCAGGAAGUUGUCCCUCACUCCGAGGUCCCGGAGACAGAAGCUGAUCCUCAAGUGAUGAAGGAUACUCAUGAGUUUGAGCCUCCGAGGAGUAAGAGGUCCAGGACCGACCAGGUCGACAGACCUUCCAGGUCUUCCUCCUCAUCUUCUAGAGGAGGAACCGUCGGAUGGAAUUUCACUCACUUGAAGCCUGGAUCAGUCUUGGAUGACUCGUGGGGUUUGGCUACGCUGAUGAGGCACAUGAAGAGAACCGGGUGCGCCUUCCCCUCGAUCACCAAUCUCACGAACAAAGAGGAGUACGUUGAGAUUGCCCAUUGCAUGGGUCAGCUGGCUGGAGCUAUCAACAGGGCUCAGUUCAAGUUUGAGGAUACUGUGCUAGUUAGAGCUACUAAGAUGGAGCUUGACAAGGCUCGGGUUCAGGUCUCUGAACUUCAAGCUGAGGUCGAGAGACUUGGCUCCAAGGCCGACAUUCAGCAAGGGAAGAUUGAGAGUCAAGCGAUGGAUAUCCAGGUGAAGGGUAGGAAGAUCGCUGAGUUGGAUUCUGCUCGGAAGAUAGCUGAGUAUCAGGUCAGGGAGCUGAAUACUUCGUCUCAAGACAACUAG